AUGUCAAUAAUAAAUGUAAUCAGUAUUAUUUAUUAUUUCAAGGAGAUAAAAGAUAAAAAUACCGGUCAGUCAAAUGAAGUUGAAAGUACUGAUGAAGAAGAAGGUUCAAUGUUUAAGUCUACUAUUGGAAUCGUGCUAACUUGUUUGGGUUGUGUAGUUGGAUAUGGAAAUAUUUGGAGGUUUCCAAGAAUUUUAGCAACUUACAGCUAUGAAAAAGGUUCACUUACAUUCUAUUUGGUUUGGAUAUUUGUACUUUUUUUGUGGUCGGUUCCUAUCGUGAUUGUUGAGUAUACCCUGGGUCGGUUUACACGCAAUUCAAUAGCUGGUUCAUUCAAUAAAUUUUUUGGUGAUAGAUUUUCAAGUAUUGGUGGAUGGGUUGUUGCAGUGACAUUUCUGCUAAGCGCAUAUUAUCCAGUGAUUAUUGGCUGGUGCUUGUAUUACUCUUUUACGACUUGUUUCUUUGGUCUGCCUGCAACUGAAGCGGAAAGUACAGAAAGCUUUAAUAAAUAUGCUAUGGAAUCAUAUUUGCCUGUUCUCACACAGUGUAUGAGUGUGGGUCUUGCAGCCGUUUCUGUAUUUGGUGGUAUCAAUUGGAUUGAGAGAGUCAACAACAUACUAGUUCCUUUUCUAGUCUCUAUAGUGAUUUUCACAUUUGGUUGGGCACUUACACGACCUUAUUCAGAAGUAGGGAUAAAAUUCUUGUUUACACCAACAUGGAGUAGUUUGAAAUAUCCAGAGGUAUGGAUUGCUGCUUUAAGUCAGAAUGCUUUUGAUACAGGCGCUGGUGUUGGAGCGCUGGCUACGUAUGCAGCAUUUAUGAGCAGAAAACGUGGCGCUGUCAGAUAUGGCACAGUCAUUCCAGUACUGAAUAAUUUAGUAAGCUUUGUAAGUUCUAUUGCAGUGUUCUCCACUGUGUUCUCUACUCUUAUUAAAACUCAACCGACAAUGACACGUUUAGGGAUUCUAAAGCUCAUGCAGUCAACUGGACCAGGUAGUAGUGGCCUUACAUUCAUAUGGUUUCCAGUACUAUUUAACAGUUUAGGAGGUUUUGGGAGAUUUUUGUGUACAAUGUUUUUCGUUUGUCUAACUGUUGCUGGAGUGAGUACUACUAUUUCAGAUCUUCAGGUUAAUACAAUGGUUUUGCAUGAUAUUGGAUUUAGCCACAGAAAAUGUGCUGCUAUCGCUGUAGGAAUAAAUAUUUUGUUUGGAAUUCCUUCUGCACUGAAUCUUAAUCUCUUAACAAAUCAGGAUGAUGUAUGGGGAAUGGGACUUAUAGUAUCUGGUGUACUGAUGGCCAGUAUAGUCAUUAAAUAUGGUCCUGAAAGAUACCGCCGUUGCGUAGUUAAUGAGUUUGGAAUAGGCGAUUGGCAUCUGCCAAGGAUAUGGAUACUUGGCAUAACCGUUCUUGUGCCGUGUGAAGGUGUACUUUUGCUUAUCUGGUGGUUAUACGAUAUGUUUGCAUAUGAUCCUGACUGGUAUAAGAUAACAUAUACAUCUGUUACAACUUUGAUUUUCGAGUGGUCUUUUGUAGUAGCUUUACUGGUUAUACUCAAUGUAAUAGCAAUUCGAAAACAAUGGACAGUUUUUCCUGUUGCAAAGGCAGUUGGAAACAAUCCGUACGAAAUAAAAUGUUAUACAAGCACAAGUGCAAUUUAA